GGAGCAAAAACUAAAGAGCCGACUUGUCGGCUGGCAAGCGGAUCGGACAAAGCCUGUGCAUCGACUGGUUAUAUUGCCUUCGCAGUCUCCGCUGUGUAGGUGGUUUGGAGAAACAUGGCGCCGGGAGGAAUGCCCAAUUAUACCAAGCUCAGCAACGGAGGUAAUGCGGGCUCGUAUGCAAUCCCACCGUCGCCGCCGGCCGAUCACAGCAAGGUCCGAUCUUCUCAUCACACUCUCUUUGAGAUGCUGAGCAGUGAUCAAGGCUCGUCCUCGUCUCUGGAACAGCCCCAGUUGUCUACUGCUGCUCAGCACUUCCAGCAAGUCCUUGGGAAUCCUCUUCUCCCCCCUCUCGCUCCGCCUUCGAUGUCUCUCAUCUCCGUGGUGGAUCAACAGCAGCAGCAGCAGCAGCAAAUGAUCAGGCAACAGCCGCCACAGCAGCCGCAAAAUCACUCUUUUCCCAUUCGAAGCAACGCCGGCGCACAGCAGCAGGCUUUAAUGCUCGCCCAACAGCAGCAGCAAGAGAGCAGCAAACAGGAAUCUCUGCAAGAACGGGUCAAUGCGAUUCUCAGUUGUCCGCUCAACACUUUCAACGACGCAUCCACCAGCGAUGUCAAGCUCACACUCAUCAGUCGGGACGUAGUCGGGGGCCUCACAGUCACUGUCCAUGUCCACACGCGGGUUCUCGUUGCCUCGAGCAGGUAUUUUGCCGCUAAGCUUGCUUACAGGCAGCAGCAAGUCCACACUGCGGCCCCCUAUUCCGUCGAGAUCUCCGACUGCGAGGACGUCGAGAUUUAUCUCCUCACUAUCCGGCUUAUGUACUCGUCCGACUUCAAAAGGAUGCUACUCCACGAGAACGUACAAAGAGUGCUCGCCAUUCUCAAGGUUGCAUCUGCCAUCGUUUUCGAGGCGGCCAUUGUAGCAAGUCUGGAGUAUUUGGAAGCAGUGCCGUGGUGCGAGGACGAGGAGGAAAAGAUCUUCUGUCUCGUCUCGCAAUUACAAAACGACUAUCCCUCGGUCGCCGGUAGCGUCCUCGGCAGGCUCGUAAGGCCUGCAAGGCCGUCCGUGUUGGCUCUCCCGCCACCGAUCUGUCCUUCACAAAGGAGCAGUGACAACGACUUCUCGCUACUCCAGCCGGAGGAGGUACUGGUAAAGCUGGUGCGCUGCGUCAUCAAAGCUACCGAUGAGAAAGCCCGGCGGGAGAUGAAACCACUCGUCUCGAGGCUCUUGCGAGAGAACACAGCAGCACUAGCAAGCAACAAAAGCUCCACGGCAGGCCUCAACACCACCGCCACCACCACAGUGAUCGACGUGAGCAAAGAGUCGCUCUACGACGCAUGCAAGGAGUGCCUCCAGGAGCUGUCGGACGCCUUCUCUCGGCUGACCGAGCAGCAGCAGCAGCCAGCAUCGUCUGCUCAAGCUCCGAGCCUGGUUUCAGCGGCCAUUGCCCGUCACGUCGACAACAUCCAGUGGCUGGCGGAGCUGCUCAUCGACCGAGGCGUCGCGGAGGAGCUGGUUCACAUCUGGUCCCGCGAGAGUCAGUUGGCCGCGAUGCACAGGCUACUCCCGGCGAUGCAGCGGCACGAAGUGAGCCGGAUCACCGCGAGGCUGUGCGUUGGCAUCGGCCGGGGGCAGAUAAUGGCUCCACAGCAGGUCCGCGCGCUGCUCCUCGCGACUUGGCUGGAGCCGCUCAUGGACGACUUCUCGUGGAUGCAAAGGCUGGCCUCCAAGAUGACUUGUUCCAGCCUCUGCUACGCCGGUGGCAAUGGUGGUGGGUUUCUGGUCUUGGAUAAGAAGACCGUGGAGGAGGGGCUGUGCCAGACGAUUCUCACACUCUCGCUCGAGGAGCAGCGCUCCAUCCUCAUGUCGUGGUUCGAGAAAUUCUCCCGGGAUGGUGACAAUUGUCCGAAUUUGCAGCGCGCUUUCGAGGUGUGGUGGAGGAGAACUUUUGCUUCGGGCAUUGGGCGACAGCCGCAAUGAAAGUGUUGUUACAUGUGCUUGACAUAGUCUCCAAAGUUUUUUUUUUUGCUUUUCUAUUUUGUUUUCUUACUGUCCAUAGCUAAAGAAGCAUAAGAGCCUCGGAAAA